AUGCCGCCGAAAGAGACAUGGCACAGUCAGAAGGAGCAGUUCUUGCGAGACCCGAGUUUGCGGUCGAAGGAGCAACAUAUCGCUGACGCCAUGGCUGCGCUUUCGAGGAGAGAGAGGGGUAGCAGGGCGAAGGAUCGGCAUGCUCCAGUCGUCCCGCCUGUUUUCACCGUUGAGGAUUGGAGCCUUCCGCCUCUCAACCAGAAUUCGAAGCCCCCGCCUCGACCGCCCAGACCGCCAUCUUCCAACGCUCUUCCUGCAGUAAUUGUCACGCCGUGUACGCCUACGAUCGACGGGUCCACGUCUUCUAGCAUGCGAGAGAUCAUCUUUCCUUCUCCAAGCGCCUCCCCACUUGAGCUCUUCCAGGGAUACCAGCCCGGGCAGCACUUGUCGCCGGAUGAUGUCUUCGGUAGAAAGGGUACCAAGACUGCCGACCCUCCGCAGGCGAGUCCAGCUUGUGCGGAACUUCAGGUUCAAGAGGAAGGCGACAUGUCAGAGACGAAGCUCGAUUCCGACGCUGCCAAUCUCGUCGAGCCUCGCCGAUCCUUCAUCCUGCCAGAUUCACUCAAGGCAAUCAACUUCCAGCUUCCCAGAUACGACUCAAACCCUCUCUCUGCUGCUAACGUUUCGUGGGACUCGUCGUGGCUGAAUCCAAGGACGAGCAUCGACGAGGUCCAACCCAGGGCGCCGUCGUACGUGACCAGCACUCCUACAAAGCGAUGUCGGGCAGAUAGCGACACACGGGCGUCAGAACUUCUUGGUUUCUGUGAUGCUUCGGCCUCCACCAUUCAGGAAAUUUCUCAGUCCGAGAUCGCUAGACUGCCUGCUUCUCCGUCUCCUGCGCCGUCGUGGACUAGAGCGCAUUCAUAUUCACGCUCGGCUCCAAGUCUCAUCUCAGUCCCAGGCUCGAGUUGGCACCUGACAGACGACCAACUCGACUUCCUCCCUUACCCCGACGUCUUCGACCUGGACAUGUAUUUCGGCUCGCAAUCUGCACGGUCGAGCGUCGCGUCGUCUUACCGGAACAGCCGUCCGCUCUCAGCCACGCUCCUACCGCCCACUAGGGGCAAUCGUCGUUCUUCCAGUACGCCAACGCUUGUAUCCAGCUCUUCUGGUCCGCGAGAACUACCGCAGAAGGGCGUGCGGCACUCGUCGAGCACGCCAAUAUUUAGCGCAGGGCCAUCUGGUCCUCGACCACGUCGCGGGGAGAAGAGCGACUCCAAACACUUACAUCGUCGGUCCCAGAACCAGAACGCCGCAAUUGUGACGAACCAUUCCACGACCGCGCCUCGCUCCCCGCGGCGCUUUGGGUUCGUUUCUGAAGUUCCGAGUUCGACGAGAGGGCCAGGUGAGCGUGAGGUCAAGCGUCAUCGAGAUCGACAUGCGGCAAAUCCGUCCUCUACACGCUCGGGGACACGCGCAUCUGGAGGUACGGCAGCGAACACAAGUAAAGGGAAGGGGAAAGAGAAAGCGUCCGACAAACCAAUACCUGUGGUGCUGCCACUCCAGCCGUCUCGCAGGGCUAACACAACCGCACGCCCGAGUCAUAGCGCCAGUACUAGUCGACUACCAGUCAGGGUUUCCGACUCAAGGAAUACCCCAUCCGGAAGGUCGACAUCCACGCCUACUCGAGCGGCCACCACCCAAGCGACCUCCUGGUCUCUUGUGUCUCCAACUGCCGCGGUGACUUCACAGGAGACACCACCUCCGCCUAUCGUUGUCGUCUCGCCUUCCGAGUCGAUGUCCUGGGACAUCGAGUACGCUCUGGAGCUUGACUUUCCUGCUGUCCCUGGGAGCAGUCGCCGUCCUGGAGCUGCACGGCCAGCAAGCACUCCCCAGGACAUUGACGCCUAUCCUGACAUCGAAAGAGACUCGAGCGACUCGGAUUCUAUCUCCCUCGCGGCGCUCAAGGCGCGCCUGCGUGAAGCAUGCGACAACUUCUCGAAGUCUCUCAUGACCUCUGACGAGUCGGGUUCGCUCAAUUUGGAGCUGGAGUCUUUCGGUUUGAAUAGGCUGGCGACGGAUGGUCAGGCUGGGCUGAGGUUUCACUGA